UCAUGCUGCUGUAUUAUUAAAUGAUGGAACUGUAUUAAUUGUCGGUGGAGGUACCGGUGGAGCAACUGCAUAUUCAACUGCUGAGAUUUAUAAUGCAACAUCACGAAAGUUUACAGCUGUUGGAUCAAUGCAGUAUCGUCGAGGAGCAUUUACACUUACACUUCUACCAUCAGGCAAAGUAUUAGCAACUGGUGGUGCUGAUUGGACAUCCAGUACAUAUCCACUUGUAUGUGAAUUAUAUGAUCCUCUAACAAGAACUUGGUCAAAUACUACUAUACUGAAUUAUGGAAGAAAUUAUCAUCAAACUGUUUUACUAAAUAAUUUUGUAUUAACUACAGGUGGCAAUAAUGGAAAUGUUAGUCGAGUUAUUAGUUCUGAAAGAUACAAUUUAUGA